AUGGGCGACAAAUUCGAUCCUCCCCAAUAUCCUCCCCCUGCUCAAACCAACCAAGUAGGCUUCCAGUCCCCUCCACCCCAGAUGGCCUACGACCCCAACUACCAGCAACAGUACGACGCCAGCCGCGGCGCGAACCAAGGCUACUAUGGAGGCCCGCCGCCGCCGCAGGGUUACUAUGGCGGAGGACCUGGCUACGGACCACCACAGGGGUGGAACGGCCAGCAACCGCCGCCAGUGGUGUAUGAGAGGGAUCGAGGGAGCGGCGGCCCGGGCAUUUGUGCAGGGUUAUUGGCCGGGUUGGCCUGUUGUUGCUGUUUGGAUGCCUUGUUCUGA